CGCGUGUAGCUUUCAUUUGGCCAGAAGAUCUGUGCAAAGUUGCGAAAUCCCCUCUGCUCCUCCUCCUCCUCCUCCUCCUUUUUUGUCCUCGGUUUUGUCCUUUACUCAGGGCUCCCUCUUUCUUUAACCCUGUCUCGCUCUUCAAGCGAGCCAUAUAGACAGAUCUCUUCGGAGGGGAUGAGAGCCUUUCAGUGGGAUCGCGUUGUCUUUCCUCCCCUUUUUCAUUUCACGUGACUGCGGCAUUCCCACAUGCCAGCUUGGGUUGUGGUCUUUCUUGCAGAGCACAAGUUGCUUGGUCAGAUAAAAAAUGUGGCCAAAACAGCUAGUAAGGAUCAGUUAAUAACAGCAUAUAACCAACUCUUUGAAACAAAGAGCUUUAAGGACACGGAGAGCACUGAACAAGUGGCAGAACAGCUAAAAAAUAUCAAGAUUGAUGAAAACGAACCCAAAAAGACAAAAUCUGAAGAAGUUGUUGAUGAGACUUCCCCAAAAUAUACCAAGUCAAUUCUGAAAAAGGGGGAUAAAACCAACUUUCCAAAAAAGGGUGAUAUUGUUCAUUGCUGGUAUACAGGCAAGCUGCAAGAUGGAACCGUUUUUGACACUAAUAUUCAGUCAAGUUCGAAGAAGAAAAAAGCAUCUAAACCACUGAGCUUCAAAGUUGGUGUUGGAAAAGUGAUUCGAGGUUGGGAUGAAGCCUUAUUAACAAUGAGCAAAGGAGAAAAGGCUAAUUUGGAAAUUGAGUCGGAAUGGGCUUAUGGGAAGAAAGGACAACCUGAUGCCAAGAUUCCACCCAAUGCAAAACUUUUCUUUGAAAUUGAACUGGUAGAUAUUGAAUGAUGUAUUGUCGCCUCUUCAGUCUUGAAUAUUUGUGAAGACACAGUACUUCCGAUUUCAGGGAAAUGCAAACGUGGCCUUUCAUCUGAUAGAUGGAGGAGUCAAAAGACUCUUAUUGCAAUUACAGUACAAUGUCUGUAUUACUAAAAAGUAGUUUAUACGUG